GUUAUGCACAGUCAUGUUCGUCCUACAUACCGUUUCAAUAUUUUGUCCUACCUGUUCACAAUCAGUCCUGCUACAAAUCGGGCAUUGCCAAUACCACCAUGGUAAGGCUCAAAUAGCAGCAUUCACAUAUAAACAGCGUAUUAAUUGUACUUUGUUGUUCUACGAUCGCGUCGGCGUUUUACUGUUCUUAAUCCCCGAAUCAUCAUGUUCAUGUUACGAUGUCCGUUGCUACUGCUGAUGUUAGCGGCAGUAGUGCAGUGCCAUGUACGAACCGCAAACAACCUAAAAAUUCCAUCCGCUCAUCAGCAGUCCGCCUUACUCAUCAACGACACCCGCAUCGCGUUCAGCUUGUGUUCCGAGAACAACACAGCACAGUCGUCAGGUACAGCGAAAACGGCGGUAAACACACUGCCGCAACUGGAUGGCGAGGGCGUCGGGUUCUAUGUGCAGCGGAACAACGUGCCUCUCGCUUUGCAACUGAUUUGGCAGCUGAGUGCGUUUGAGAAACUGAUUACGCUACCACCGUAUCGUAUGGGCUACCACGGAGUGACAGUUCACUCGAUGAAUCUCUCGGUGUCGGAAAUCGAGGCUGCUCUGAACUAUGCAUGGAAGUCGGCCUUCGACGAAUACGCCGCGAGUCCGAGUGCAUCACCCACCGACUCACCGCACGUACGCUUAGUGACCUUUCUUAAUUCCGGGGACACGUUGACCGUGACCGGGUUGCCGGUGGCACGCAUACUGUACACCAUCGUCAUGUCAAACGCCUCCAAUCAGACUGAUGGUGCUCGGUGGUCGUCUGAGAGCAGGAUUCCAAGAUUGCGAAUAUCACCUCCGCACCAGGAACAGUUCAUAGAGAAACUGUCGGAGAAAGGCAUUAAUGUCUACGAUCAGACCGUAAUUUGGGCUGUGAAAGCUCUGAUACGAGACCCUCCAAGCCCGCUUAAUCUGGACCGUAUCCGAGGCGACGCACAGCGCAACAUGGAAGCUAUGCCCAACGGCUCAGAUCCACCGUGUGUGCAAAGGGGGAAAGUGGACGUGCGCAUUGCCGGCAUACAUCCACGCGUGCGCUUGCCUGACACCCAGCCUCAGGGUCCUUAUAAAACCGGCUCGGAUAUGACCUACGUCAACUUCGCCCCUUUUGUGGACGAUAGGAUAUACGUGCAGUCCGAUUUCCCACAAGUAGGCGAGAAAAUCGAUAGCGGUUUCUACGCCGCCGAUCCGGAAUUCUCCUUCCGUCUAUAUGCACCGGAACCGGUCAACAUGCAGCGUCUGCCCAACCUUCAAACGCAGAUGGUCCGUCAACUGGAAAGUGGAUUAACCAAAGCACGUCUCCUCGCAGCGGCCUGGUCUCACGCCGGGCUUUUCCCGGAGAUCCUGCCGAAGAAGGUGGUGGUGAUAUUGUGGAAUCCGGACGUGGAGAACGGUACCGCCAUCAAUUUCUUUGUCCGCAUGACGGAUCAGUACGACCGGUAUACUGAUCUGGAUUCCCGAAUGUUAUAUGCGGACGGGCUAUACGAACGGCUGGAAGCCGGGCGGUACUAUCUUAAAGAAGAACAGACGAAUUUCGGGCCUGCUGACGGCAUUCUGUCCCGCACACCACCCGCCCGUAGAAACGACACCGAGUGGGAGGCCUUUCAAGCGGACUGCAAAGAGGGACGGAAAUUCUUUGAUUUCACAUACUCUGGCUGCCCGUUACGUGAUGCUUUUGCGCUGCAUUACCUGGCACCACCAAAUCAAACACUGUCCAAUGAAAGCAUUCUGUCAGAGGUCACCAGCGCGUUGUCCGCAAGUAAUCCAGUAAAACUGGAGGGAAUACAAUAUCAGAUUACCAUAACGAGCCGCACGGAACUUAAGGAGUUGCGAACCGUGCGAGGGUACACGGUCACCCGCUUCGACAUUGCUGUUACGGCGCCCAUCUCGACCCGAGGUCGCAUCGAGCACAUAUGGCGGUUUGCUGACUUCCAGAACACCGUCCAGUUAAACGACAUGUAUCUCUUUCGUGUCUACCCGGAUCCGCCGAUCAAUUAUCAGCUAUUGCCGGCUUUUGAAAAGUUCAUCCAACUUUGGUUAACUGAUGGUAAGGCUGAUGUCCACGUCUGCAAUCCUGUCCUCAACGGCACCGUGAUCGACUUUUUGUAUAUGCGCGAUGGAGCCAUGGUGGAUCCGGCGUCGCUGCUGGGCCAACGAAUCUAUGAUGCCCUGGAGCACCGACAAUUCUCCCCACAGACAUCAGAUCCUAUCUCUGCAGCGAAAUCUGCCGUCAGCUUCACCCGUCAGCCGAAAUCUCGCUUGGCACCGGCAACGUGCGUCAACCAGUCAUUACCCGGAUCAGCCAGCUGUCCUAUACCCCGUACUUUGUCGCUGUAUUUGAGAAAAGCUGUAGCAGACUUUUUUCCUCCAUCCGCGGAAAGUGAAACGAAUGAUGGCGGAUUAUAUUUGAUAAGGAAACAGUUUUUUCAUGCAACAGUAAACCAAGCGUGUCACCUAACGAAUUCGGGAUUAUCUUUCCUUAUUUCCAGAAUGCCGACGCUGUUCUUGCGGCGGUUGGUAAGGCCUUUGCUGACGCCAAUCCGCUAACUGUGGAUGAUGUGUACUUGAACGUCACACUCACCGGACAUUCCGCUGACUUUGUGCUGCCUCAAGGGGAAACAGUCGAGAAAUUCGAGUUUACCUUGACGUAUCCGGAAAUGGGCACCGACAAAUAUUGGAAUCUCUGGCGAAUUCCUGAUUACGGAAUGAUGGACAAGUAUUUGCAUAACAACGCCAGUGCCGCUCUUGUCAGACAGGAACCAUAAUGCGUCGAUGAUAAUUAAGUUGCAAAUUAUAUAUGCUUAGCUGCACGAAAAUUCUUACGCACGAUGUGUACUGGUUCUUAGGGAUACAUUCCAAAUCAUUUCUCAUAUUUGAAA